AUGGAGAGGGCACCGGCUCUGUGUCUUCUGUCCACCUUGUUGGCAUUCUAUUUCUUGGUUCCCUCCAGUGCUGUACCUCUCUCAAGAGUGCAAAGGAUGACCAUGCAAGAGGAUGGUCAGAUACCAUCGGUUGAAAGCAGCACUCUAGAGCCAAAGAUGAAAAUGGAGAAGUUUGUGCCAGAGGAUGAUGAAUCCAUGGUCAUCGCGAGGAUGGCCUUCGAGACACAGGACUACUCUCCCCCAGGGCCCAACAACCGCCACAAGCCACCGGGCUGGAGAUGA